AUGAGCUGUGGCACGAAGACUUCAAGUAGUAGCAUUAGAAUUAGCAGCGGAGGUGGUGGUGGUGGUGGUGGUGGUGGAUGUAGCAGUGGAGGUGGUGGAGGUGGUGGCAGCUGUGGAGUACGUAAGUCUGGUGGAUACUCCUCAGUGUCCACUAGAAAAUACACCUCUUCUGGAGGAAGCGGAGGCUUUUCUGGGAGAAGCUAUGGUGGAGGAGUUUCCAGGAGCAGUUAUGGAGGAGGCUUCAGCAGUGGCAGCUGUGGAAGGAUUAGCCGCAGUAGCUAUGGUGGGAGAGUGAGUGGUGGUAGUUAUGGAGGAGGAAUAAGCUGUGGAAGUAUGGGAGGAGGAUUUGGAUCAGGUGGAGGUGGAUUUGGAGGAAUGGGAGGUGGUUAUGGAGCUGGCCUUGGUGGAGGUAGCUUUGGUGGUGGUGGUGGAUACAGUGGAGGUGGAUUUAGUGGCUUCGGAGGCAGUGGUGGCUUUGGAGGUGGCAGCUAUGGUGGAGGUAGUUUUGGUGGAAUGGGGUUCGGUGAAGAUUCUGGGUUGCUGUCCACAAAUGAGAAGCUGACCAUGCAGAACCUUAACGAUCGCCUGGCGUCUUACCUGGAUAAAGUGCGACGCUUGGAGGAUGAAAAUACUCAACUUGAACACCUGAUCAGGGAGUGGUACAAAAACCAAGGUCCCACUGCUAGCAGGGACUACAGCCAAUAUUACAGAACAAUUGAAGAACUUCAAAACCAGAUUGUUGGUGCAAAUGUGGACCUUAACAAGAUACUUCUUGACAUUGACAACACCAGAAUGACUGUGGAUGACUUCAGACUGAAGUAUGAGACUGAAUAUACUCUCCACCAGAGUGUGGCAAGUGAUAUUAAUGGAUUACGUCCACUUUUGGAUCAACUGACUCUAGCAAGAUCUGACUUGGAGACACAGUUUGAAUCCCUGAAAGAGGAACUGAUCUAUCUUAAGAAGAACCAUGAAGAGGAAAUGAAAGGACUGCAAACACAAUCCGGUGGUGAUGUCAAUGUGGAGGUCAAUGCUACUCCUGGUAUUAAUCUGAUGGAAAAAUUAAAUGAAAUGCGUUCCGAAUACGAACGGCUUAUUGAGAACAACCGGAAAGAGGUGGAAAGCUGGUAUGAAACCAAGAUGGAAGAAGUUAAUCAACAAGUCCACUCAAGUGGCCAGGAGAUACAAUCAAGCAACCAACAGAUCUCUGAGCUGAGACGUGAAUAUCAAAGUCUGGAAAUUGAGCUGCAGUCACAACUCAGCAUGGUCGACUCUUUGCAAUCCAACUUGGAAGACACAGAACGUCGUUACAACAUGCAGCUGCAGCAGAUCCAGAGUAUGAUUGGCCCCUUGGAGGAGGAGCUGGCCAGCAUCCGCUGUGAGAUGGAGAGUCAGAAUGAAGAGUACAAGAUGCUCCUGGGCAUCAAGACCCGCCUGGAACAGGAGAUUGCUCAGUACCGGGCACUGCUUGAGGAAGGACAGCAAGACCUUGUGAUCCCAUCAGGAGGAAUGGGAGGAGGAAUGGGAGGAGGAAUGGGAGGAGGAAUGGGAGGAGGAAUGGGAGGUGGUGGCUACUCCUCUGGGGGAGGAAGAGGAGGAGGAGGAGGUGGUAGCAUGAGUGGUAGCUAUGGAGGUGGCAGCAUUUCCUCUAGCAGUGGAAUGGGAGGUGGAAUCGGAGGAGGAAGUGGUGGAGGAGGAAUCGGAGGAGGAAGUGGAGGAAUAGGAGGGGGAAGUGGUGGUGGAUGCGGUAGUAUCGGAGGAGGAGGAGGUGGAAGGGUCUCAGGAGGCAUCAGCAGUUCCCACUCCUACUCUUCAUCUUCCCAGUCUCAGUCCUGCAGGAGUGGUGGUGAAAGCCAAGGGUAUGGAAGAAAAUCUUUUGACUAAGAAUACACUUUGAGGAUCCUACGGUGCAAGACCUUUCAAACAGAAAUUGUCCCAAAUCCUCUACGUUCUCCAUGCUCCUGAAGACAGACAGACGCUCCUAACAGUUCCUCACUGUUGCUGAUGCCAUCUAUCCAAAAAGGCCCGUCAGAGCUACUCAGACAAGUCCCCUGCCCCCUUGCCAUGCCUGCUAUGCACUGUUCCUGCAUGGAACUCUUUGUGGCUUCACGCAUCGGCAUUUGAGCUUCU